AUGUAUGAAAGCAUGUUUGAAUCUAAAUAUAUCUAAUUGACAAUAUUUAUCUUUAGAAUUUACUCACUUAAUUUUUAAUUACAUAAUGGACANACCAAAUAUUUCAAACGAAGAAAUUGCUACACUUUAGUUAGACCGGUGGCAGAUGAAAGGCAAUUAAGAGAGCUAGAUAAAGUGGCUUACUCUGAAUUAAGAUACGAGUUUAAAAUCUAAUUAAACUAACUUAUCCAGAAUACUUUGCUGGAUAUUCAACCAAAAAUGUACAAGAAUACUCCUCUGAAUGGAAAAAGACUAAUUGAAUUAGUCACCCAAUAUGUUACUACAAUAAAUAAUGGGAGUGUGCCCAAUAUUGAGAAUGUUUGGGAUAGGAUUCUAUCAAAGGAGUUCAAUAAAAUGAUGGAAAAAGCAAAAGAGAUUUUAUCAUCUGAUAUCUCACUUCCUACGACUUAUGAAUUACUAUUUUCUAAUUUGCAUUAGGUUAGUACAAAAGCACAAGAGUCAAUUUUGCAUUAUCACAUAGCUCCUGAUAGGUAGAUUGAAGGAAUUGUCUAAUUGAGUAAAUCAAUAACUGAGAAGUCUCAAGUAUUAUUCUAAGAAAACUACAUCAAAUCCAAGAGAACAAACUAAGUGAUUUCAAAGUAUUUUAUUUGUUAUACCAUAGUAAAAUGUAUGACAUCUUAAAUUAGCUUUCUGAAUAGGGGAAAUUGGUUAAUGUGUAGCACAUCAUUGCCUAAGUUAACAAUAUCAAAAAAGUAAUGAAAAAUAAAAUUAUGAAUUUAGAUUUACUUUUAAGAAGCAAAACCACCUUCGAAUUACGAAUGCUAUGUCCAAUUUCUGGAGUUGGUUAUGCAAAUUAUUGAAAAAGUGGCUAAUACUAUGCAAAUGAAUUUUUAGAGAAAAGAAGAAGAUUAUAAACAGGAAGUUAAUGUUUUGAAAAGCCAAAUCAAUACUUUAUAAGAGAUACUAAAAAACGAGAAAGAGAAUUUACAUAAACAAUUGGAUUAAGUUAAAAUAACUUUACAAGAGGAAAGGAUUAUGUACGAAAAGAAACUAUUAGAAUUGGAUAACUCUGGUGGAAUUGAAUUUAGAAAAGGGGAAUUGUUUGAAAAUCCUGAUUUAUUUAUGAAAAAGGAAUUAAAGAAUCAGUAAUUAUAAUCUUAGCAGACUUUUAAUUUAACUUUAAAGGAUAUUAAUUAAAAAUUCAUGGAUUUAAAGGAAAAAUUAGAUGAUAUUUAUGAAGCAAGAGUAGAGAUAGAAAGAGAUAAAAUAUAUAAUAAGGCUAUGUAUGAUUGCAAAGAAUAAAAUUAAGCCUAAAUUGACAGAAUUAAAUUGACUUAUGAAGGUGAAGUCAAGAUUUUGAAAGAAGAUCGAUAAAGAUUAUAAGAAUAAAGAGAGCUUUUAUAAAUUUAAUUAACACAAAAAGAUUGUGAAUUCUAAAUCUUAAAAGAGAGACUAAAAUAAAUUGAAAAACAAAAGACAAAAGAUAUUGAACAUGCAGACAUGCUAUGUAAAAUAAGUGAUUAGCUAGUUAAAGCAUUAAAAAAAUUAGAGAAAAAAAAACUAUGA